AUGUGGCUUCCUCCGGCUGUUCGCCGCUCUCUUGGACUAGAGGAACGAGGCCCUUUCGAGGACCUGUGGCGUACUGAAGGCCAUGUACAGAGGAAGUACUCAGCCGCUAAAUCGAAGGUUGAAAAGAAAAGAAGGAAGGUUCUUGCAACUCUUACAAAACCAGUUGGUGGUGACAAAGAGCGAGGCAGUCGGGUGGUUAAACUUCGCAAAAUGCCUAGAUAUUAUCCUACUGAAGAUGUGCCUCGAAAGCUGUUGAGCCACGGCAAAAAACCCUUCCAGUCAGCCGUGGAAAACUGCGAGCCAGCAUUACCUGGGACCAUUCUGAUCAUGCCCUCACUGGAGCGCCACAGAGGCAAGAGGGUGGUUUUCCUGAAGCAGCUGGCCAGUGGCUUGUUACUUGUAUUGACUGGACCUCUAAUGGUCCUCCAAUGAGUUCCUCUAAGAACACACCAGAAAUUUGUCAUUGCCACCUCAACCAAAAUCGAAAUCAGCAAUGCUCAAAAUCCCAAACAUCUUACUGAUGCUUACUUAAAGAAGAAGCUACGGAAGCCCAGACACCAGAAGGUGAGAUCUUGGCCCACAGAAAAAGAGGUAAUUACAGAGCAGCGCAGAGUUGAUCAAGAAGCUGUGGACUCACAAAUUCUACAAAAAUCAGCUGUUCCUCAGCUCCAGGGCUACCUACGAUCUGUGUUUGCUCAAUGAUAAAUUUAUCCUCACAGAAGAUGCUUUUCGCUUGCAUCUCAUUUAAACGUGAAAACAAGGAGUGAUCUCUAUGCUCUGCCCAGCGUGGGGGCGCGGGUCCGAGCAAGGGGUGCACACCUGAGUAGGGACAGGACCGGGGAGGCGGCGUCCUCUUCCCUGGCGCGCUGCAGAGCCAGCGCUACCCUGAAUGGCCAGGAGGAGAAGGGGCCGGCAGAGGUCAGGCUGAGGGCAAGCGGCAGCAAAGGGCGAGGCGGAGGUCCGGGCCACCCGGGUGGCCGGAUCCGCGGAGCGGUGGGCGGGGCGGCGGGCGGGGCCUGUAUUGUCCGCUCCGCGGGGCAUGCCGGGAGCCCCCGCCCCCAACAUGGCGUCUCACUGACAGUUGGCUGCCGAGCGGCAGAGGCGGAUCCUGCUCCUGAGGGCGGCGGCGGCGGCGGCGGCGGCGGCUGCGGGGCCGGGGUCUCCUGGGCCGGGGUCGGGGGGGAUGGCGACUCGGACCGCCUAGGGCGGAGCUGCACGGGCGAGGCGGCAAGCGGGUUGCCGCUGGCAGGCGCGGCGGCCGCUGCCAUGGACUGGUGA